AAAGCCGCCACGCCCAGCGGCACCCCUAUCUAGCGAUAAGCAACCUUCAACUUUGAAAGAAGCAUCUGGUUUGCGGAUACUGUCGGUUAUCCUUGGAAUUUAUCCAGUUUAGGAAAACAAGUGAGCAGCUAACCCUCCACGGCCGGCUCACGACACCGGGAGAAAGUGGGUAAAAGAUAGUCGCGGCCACACAUCGUUUGGGGGCUGCGCGAAGCAGAACUAGGAAGCUUUGCUCGGGUCUGGACUUCGUCCCUCCCAGAUCUCUGAGCGAGCAAGCACUGCAGCCCGAGCCAAUUGCGAAAGACCAACAAAGCCCAGCCCAGCGGAAGGAACGGUUUCGGAGUUGUUUUUCUUUGAUAGGGGAGCUCUUCCUUGCUCUCGCCCCUACUCUUUCUGGUGUUAGAUCGAGCAACCCUCUAAAAGCAGUUUAGAGUGGUUGGAAAAGACACACCAAACGCUCCCAGCAACAAAAAGGAUGAAAUUCCUUCUGGACCUCCUCCUGCUUCUCCCCUUACUCAUCGUCUGCUGCCUAGAGUCCUUCGUGAAGCUUUUUAUUCCUAAGAGGAGAAAAUCAGUCGCCGGUGAAAUCGUGCUGAUUACAGGAGCUGGGCAUGGAAUUGGGAGACUGACUGCCUAUGAAUUUGCUAAACUUAAAAGCAAGCUGGUUCUCUGGGAUAUAAAUAAGCAUGGACUGGAGGAAACAGCUGCCAAAUGCAAGGGACUGGGUGCCAAGGUUUAUACCUUUGUGGUAGACUGCAGCAACCGAGAAGAUAUUUACAGCUCGGCAAAGAAGGUGAAGGCAGAAAUUGGAGAUGUUAGUAUUUUAGUAAAUAAUGCUGGUGUAGUCUAUACAUCAGAUUUAUUUGCUACACAAGAUGCUCAGAUUGAAAAGACUUUUGAAGUUAAUAUACUUGCACAUUUUUGGACUACAAAGGCAUUUCUUCCUGCAAUGAUGAAGAAUAACCAUGGCCAUGUUGUCACUGUGGCUUCGGCAGCUGGACAUAUUUCGGUCCCCUUCUUACUGGCUUACUGUUCAAGCAAGUUUGCUGCUGUUGGAUAUCAUAAAGCUUUGACAGAUGAACUGGCUGCCUUGCAAAUAACUGGAGUCAAAACAACAUGUCUCUGUCCUAAUUUUGUAAACACUGGCUUCAUCAAAAAUCCAAGUACAAGUUUAGGACCCGCUCUGGAACCUGAGGAAGUAGUAAACAGGCUGAUGAAUGGGAUUCUGACUGAGCAGAAAAUGAUUUUUAUUCCAUCUUCUGUAGCUUUCUUAACAACAUUGGAAAGGAUCCUUCCGGAGCGCUUCCUGGCAGUUUUAAAAAGAAAAAUCAAUAUUAAGUUUGAUGCAGUUAUUGGAUAUAAAAUGAAAGCACAAUAAGUGCCUAGUUUUCCGAAAACUGAUUUACCAAGUUUAGGUUGAUUCAUCUAAUAGUGUCAGAAUUUUAAUGUUUGAACUUUUGUUUUUUCUAAUUAUCCCCAUUUCUCCAAUAUCACCUUUGAGGCUUUGGCAGUCUUCAUUUACUACCACUUGUUCUUUAGCUAAAAGCUGAUUACAUAUGAUGUAAACCGAGAAAUACCUUUAGAGGUGACUUUAAGGAAAAUGAAGAAAAAGAACCUAAAUGACUUUAUUAAAAUAAUUUCUAAGAUUAUUUGUGGCUCACCUGAAGGCUUUGCAAAAUUUCUACCGUAACUUUAUUUAACAUAUAUUUUUAUUUUUGAUCGCACUUAAAUUUUGUGUGAUUUGUGUUUCUUUUUCUGUUCUACAUAAAAUCAGAAAAUUCAAGCUCUCUAAAUAUAAUGAAGGACUAUAUCUUGUGGUAUUUCACAAUGAAUAUCAUGAGCUCUCAAUGGGUAGGUUUCAUCCUACCCAUUACCACUCUGUUUCCUGAGAGAUACCUCACAGUCCAAUGCCAGACAUUUCUGCACAGGGAAGCUAGAGGUGGAUACACAUGUUGCAAGUAUAAAAGCAUCAUUGGGAUUUAAGGAGAAUUGAGAGAAUGUAUCCACAAAUGGCAGCAAUAAUAAAUAGAUCACACUUAAA